ACAACAAAACCUUUUUGGCGUUUCUAUUAACGCUUGUCAAAUUUUCGCAGAGGCAAAUUAGAAAUUUUAUGUAAUAAUCAAGGUAUUAUUUAUUCGCUUAGAUAAAUAUGUCCUUAUCGCGUCAAAUUUUGGCAAAAACAGCCCAAAGUGUACAAUGGUCGAAGGCCGUAGCUUUGUGCAGUCGCAGAAUGGCUUCUGUUGGCUCGCGAGAUGCACCCCCAAUUGAUGUAAACGCAGCUAUUGCACGACCGGAAGAGGUGGAGCGAAAGAAAAAACUCAGCGGAGCCAUCACUGUACCCACAAAGGUCGACCUUAGCCCCAUUAGUGGUGUGCCAGAAGAGCAUAUUAAAACAAGACGUGUGCGCAUACAUGUGCCACCCAAAAAUGCCAUGCAAAGUGGUACUGAUAACGUUCAACAUUGGCAAAUUGAGUUUGACAAUCGUGAACGCUGGGAAAAUCCACUGAUGGGAUGGACUUCAACUGGAGAUCCACUAUCCAAUAUGCAAGUGGAAUUUGGUUCCAAAGCAGAGGCAAUUGAGCAUUGUGAACGCAACGGCUGGCGUUGGUUCGUGGAUGCUGACGAAAAACCAAAAAAAGAACGUGUCAAGAACUAUGGCUUGAACUUCCAUUGGAACAGGCGCACACGCGUAUCCACUAAGUGAAAUUACGUAAAAUUCUGAAGAGUAAUGCUAGGCUAGCCUAGUGCAGACGCUAAUGAACGUUGAGAGAAAUAAAGCAACUUUUAUGGAUUCGAUUGCUA